UCCUCUCUCCUCCUCCCCAAGGAAAAAAAGAGAGAGAGAGAAGGGCUUCGCAGCUCGCCUCCUCGCCGCCGGUAGCUCCUCCCCUCGCGUCGGCUCCUACCCCGGUUACUCCGCCAUGUACCGCGCGGCAGCCAGCCUCGCCUCCAAGGCUCGGCAAGCCGGGAGCAGCGCUCGACAGGUUGGAAGCAGGCUUGCCUGGAGCAGGAACUAUGCUGCCAAGGAUAUCAAGUUUGGAGUUGAGGCCCGUGCUUUGAUGCUGAGGGGUGUUGAGGAGUUGGCAGAUGCAGUCAAAGUGACAAUGGGCCCUAAGGGACGCAAUGUGGUUAUUGAGCAGAGCUUUGGUGCACCAAAAGUCACAAAGGAUGGUGUGACUGUUGCCAAGAGCAUUGAGUUCAAGGAUAGAGUUAAGAAUGUUGGUGCAAGCCUUGUAAAGCAGGUUGCUAAUGCGACCAAUGAUACUGCUGGAGAUGGUACCACUUGUGCUACUGUUUUGACUAAAGCAAUAUUUACUGAGGGUUGCAAGUCUGUAGCUGCUGGCAUGAAUGCAAUGGAUCUAAGGCGUGGAAUCUCAAUGGCUGUUGAUGCUGUUGUAACUAAUCUAAAGGGCAUGGCUAGAAUGAUCAGCACAUCAGAGGAAAUAGCACAAGUGGGCACAAUAUCAGCAAACGGGGAAAGGGAAAUUGGUGAGCUUAUUGCAAAGGCUAUGGAGAAGGUUGGCAAAGAGGGCGUAAUCACCAUUGCGGAUGGUAACACCCUUUAUAAUGAGCUUGAAGUUGUGGAAGGCAUGAAACUUGAUAGAGGCUACAUCUCUCCUUACUUCAUUACCAACCCAAAGACCCAGAAAUGUGAACUGGAUGACCCCUUGAUCCUGAUACAUGACAAGAAGGUUUCGAACCUGCAUGCUGUAGUUAAAGUCUUGGAGUUGGCUCUGAAGAAGCAAAGGCCUCUGCUGAUUGUUGCUGAAGAUGUAGAAAGUGAGGCAUUGGGUACUUUGAUUAUUAACAAGCUUCGUGCAGGCAUCAAGGUAUGUGCUGUUAAAGCUCCUGGCUUUGGGGAGAACAGGAAAGCAAACUUGCAGGACCUUGCUAUCCUUACUGGAGGAGAAGUCAUUACGGAAGAGCUAGGAAUGAAUCUUGAGAAGUUUGAGCCUCAGAUGUUGGGUACAUGCAAGAAGGUAACUGUAUCUAAGGAUGACACUGUUAUUCUUGAUGGGGCUGGAGACAAGAAAUCCAUUGAAGAGAGGGCAGAGCAUAUUAGAUCUGCAAUUGAGCAAAGCACUUCGGAUUACGACAAGGAAAAGCUUCAGGAGCGGUUGGCAAAGCUCUCUGGAGGUGUUGCUGUUCUAAAGAUUGGAGGAGCCAGUGAAGCUGAAGUUGGUGAGAAGAAGGAUAGAGUGACAGAUGCAUUGAAUGCAACUAAAGCUGCUGUGGAAGAGGGUAUUGUACCAGGUGGAGGUGUUGCACUUCUGUAUGCAUCAAAGGAGCUGGAUAAAUUGCAGACUGCAAACUUUGAUCAAAAGAUUGGUGUACAAAUCAUCCAGAAUGCUUUGAAGACACCGGUGCACACUAUCGCUUCCAACGCAGGUGUGGAAGGGGCUGUUGUUGUGGGUAAGCUGUUGGAACAAGAUAAUACUGACCUUGGCUAUGAUGCUGCUAAAGGUGAAUAUGUUGACAUGGUGAAGGCCGGUAUCAUUGACCCACUAAAAGUGAUCAGAACUGCCUUGGUGGAUGCUGCAAGCGUUUCAUCUCUCAUGACAACCACAGAAUCCAUCGUUGUAGAGAUCCCCAAGGAAGAGAAAGAGGCGCCAGCGAUGGGAGGCAUGGGUGGAAUGGACUACUAAACAAAAAUCAACACCC